AUGGUAGAGGAAAUUACAGCCUUAGUUUUCGACAAUGGAUCAGGCAUGUGCAAAGCCGGAUUCGCUGGAGAUGAUGCUCCCAGAGCUGUUUUCCCAUCCAUUGUAGGUCGCCCAAGACACCAGGGUGUGAUGGUUGGUAUGGGACAAAAAGAUAGCUAUGUUGGUGAUGAAGCACAAAGCAAGAGAGGAAUCCUGACUUUGAAGUACCCCAUUGAACAUGGCAUUGUUACCAACUGGGAUGACAUGCAGAAAAUUUGGCAUCAUACCUUCUACAAUGAGCUACGUGUGGCACCAGAAGAACAUCCUAUCCUGCUGACUGAAGCUCCACUGAACCCCAAAGCCAACCGAGAAAAAAUGAUACAGAUCAUGUUUGAGACCUUCCACUGCCCUGCCACAUAUGUUGCCAUCCAGGCUGUGCUGUCCCUUUAUGCUUCUGGACGCACCACUGGAAUUGUGAUGGAUUCUGGUGAUGGUGUCACUCACAAUGUGCCAAUCUUUGAAGGAUAUGCUCUGCCUCAUGCUAUCAUUCGUUUAGACCUGGCGGGUCGUGACCUAACAGACUACCUCAUGAAGAUCCUAACAGAAAGGGGCUACAGCUUUACCACCACAGCAGAAAGAGAAAUUGUCCGUGAUAUUAAAGAGAAACUGUGCUAUGUUGCCCUGGAUUUUGAGCAGGAGUUAGCCACUGCUAUCACUUCCACCACUGUCGAGAAAAGCUAUGAGCUACCAGACGGUCAGGUAAUCACAAUUGGAAAUGAGAGAUUCAGAUGCCCUGAAGCACUGUUCCGGCCAUGUUUCUUGGGGAUGGAAAGUUGUGGCAUCCAUGAGACCACCUUUAAUUCUAUCAUGAAGUGUGAUGUGGACAUCCGUAAAGAUCUUUAUGCUAACACCGUCCUGUCUGGUGGAACCACAAUAUACCCUGGAAUUGCAGACAGAAUGCAAAAGGAGAUCACUGCACUGGCGCCAAGCUCAAUGAAAAUCAAGAUCAUUGCACCACCUGAGCGCAAAUAUUCUGUCUGGAUUGGAGGAUCCAUCCUGGCCUCUCUAUCCACCUUCCAGCAGAUGUGGAUCAACAAGAGAGAGUAUGAAGAGUCAGGAACUACCAUAGUUCAUCGCAAAUGCUUCUGA